AUGGCAAUUCCAAAACCAAACCACUCUUUAGCCAUCCUUGUAAUUCUCCUUGCGGUUUCUGGUACAUCUAGCCAACGUCAAUGUAACCCGGCCUGCAAAGCUAAAGAACCUUUCAGUUGCGACAGUAUACUUACAUUUAAUCGAACUGGUUUCCCACUGAAUUUUACUUUCGGUGUAUCCACUUCUGCAUAUCAGAUUGAAGGUUCUGCACAUCGCGCUUUGAACAGCUGGGAUUAUUUCACUCAUAGAUAUCCAGAAAAAGUUCGGGACCGUAGCUCGGGCGACCUUGCUUGCGAUUCAUAUCAUCUUUAUACGGAAGAUGUCGAAAUGCUGAAAAGAUUGAACGUUCAAGCAUACCGAUUCUCAAUAGCUUGGUCAAGAGUCUUGCCAAGGUAUGGAGAUGGGUCAAAUCCACCCGGAAGAUGCACUAGCUGUGAAUUGGGAGGAGAUUCUGGAACCGAACCUUACGUAGUCGCUCAUCACCAACUCUUAGCUCAUGCAGAAGCUGUAUCUCUAUACCGUAAAAGAUAUCAGAAAUUUCAAGGAGGUAAGAUAGGGACAACUUUGAUCGGGACAUGGUUCACCCCACUAAACGAAACUAGCAGCCUCGACAAAGCUGCUGCGAAACGGGCAUUCGAUUUCACCGUUGGAUGGUUCUUGGAUCCAUUGGUCUAUGGAGAUUAUCCAAAGACAAUGAAGGAGAUCAUAGGAGCUAGGUUGCCAAUAUUUACACCUCGAGAAUCGAAGUUAGUUAAAGGAUCACUUGAUUUUCUAGGGUUAGACUAUUAUUUUACACAAUAUGCAACAGAUGCAACUACUCGUCCUGAAAAUCCAAAUGUCUUAACAGAUCCAGUAGUUACUCUCAGUUAUUACAACAUUGAUUUGCUUAGUUUUCUUCUUCCACAGGCUGCUAGCUUUGUGUAUUAUCCUCCAGGUUUCCGUAGUAUUCUAAACUACAUCAAAGAGGCUUACAAAAAUCCACUUACAUACAUCACGGAAAACGGCUUUUCUGAUUAUGGAAAUCUGCCAAUUGCAAAUGCUCUUGCCGAUACGGAACGAAUUCAGUGCCAUUGCAGCCAUCUUUCAUGUCUCAAAUGCUCAAUCGAGGAUGGGUGCAAUGUAGCAGGAUACUUUGCAUGGUCUUUGAUGGACAAUUAUGAAUUUGUGGAAGGUUAUACGCUACGGUUCGGUAUGAAUUGGGUCAACUUCACCAAUCCCGCUGAUAGAAAGGAGAAAGACUCUGGAAAAUGGUUUUCUAAUAGCCAAAAUGUUUGCAACCCGGCUUGUAAGGCUAAAGAACCCUUCAAGUGCGACAAUUCCCUAACAUUCAACAGAACUAGUUUUCCAAAGAACUUCACUUUUGGUGCGGCUACUUCCGCCUACCAGAUUGAAGGUGCAGCACAUAGAGCACUUAACGGAUGGGACUAUUAUACUCAUAGAUAUCCAGAGAAAGUUCCAGAUCGCAGUUCCGGAGACCUUGCUUGUGAUUCUUAUGAUCUUUACAAGGAGGAUGUUAAAUUACUGAAAAGAAUGAAGGUUCAAGCCUACCGACUCUCAAUAGCAUGGUCAAGGGUCUUACCUAAGGGUAGAUUGAUUGGAGGGAUUGACGAAAACGGGAUAAAAUACUACAAUAACCUCAUCAAUGAAUUAAAAGCAAAUGGCAUAGAACCGUACGUAACAAUAUUCCACUGGGAUGUUCCCCAAACUCUUGAAGAUAAAUAUGGAGGUUUCUUGAGCCGGCGUAUAGUGGAGGACUACACAAACUACGCCGAGCUUCUAUUCCAGAGAUUCGGAGACAGGGUCAAAUUUUGGAUCACUUUAAACCAGCCUUACUCUCUCGCAAGCAAAGGUUAUGGAGACGGAUCAUAUCCGCCUGGACGGUGCACUGGCUGUGAAUUUGGAGGAAAUUCUGGAACCGAACCUUAUAUAGUUGCACAUCACCAACUUCUAGCUCAUGCAAAAGUUGUAUCAUUGUACCGAAAAAGAUAUCAGGCUCGUGGUAAAAUAGGAACGACCUUGAUAGGGAGAUGGUUCACUCCGUUAAACGGCAAUAGCAUUCUCGACAAGGCUGCUGCAAAGCGAGCGUUUGAUUUCUUCGUCGGAUGGUUUUUGGAUCCGUUAGUUUACGGAACAUAUCCAAAGAUAAUGCGACAGAUGGUUGGAAAUAGAUUGCCAAAAUUCACACCGCAAGAAUCAAAGUUAGUCAAAGGAUCACUUGAUUUUCUAGGGUUGAACUAUUACGUUACACAAUAUGCGACCGACGCACCUCCUUCCACACAGCCUAAUGUCCUAACCGAUCCAAGAGUUGCUCUUGGAUGUAUGUCAAAAAAAUGUUGUCCUUAUAAUUCUUAUAUAUAUGCACCUAGCUUCGUCUACUACCCUCCAGGGUUCCGUCAGAUUCUUAACUAUAUCAAAAACAAAUACGGAAACCCACUUACCUACAUCACUGAAAACGUUGCUGAUCUUGAUAUCGGAAACUUAACGCUGCCAGAUGCCCUUGCCGAUAAUGGACGAAUUCAAAAUCAUUGCAGUCAUCUUUCAUGUCUCAAAUGCUCUAUCGAUGAUGGAUGCAACGUAGCAGGGUAUUUUGCAUGGUCUUUGAUGGACAACUAUGAGUUCGGAAAUGGUUACACUCUCCGGUUUGGUUUGAAUUGGGUCAAUUUCUCUAAUCCUGCUGAUCGAAGGGAAAAAGCUUAUGGCAAAUGGUUUUCUAAGUUCAUAAUCAAACAAUAA